AUGUUAGAUGGCCGCCAUCGUCGUUAUUUGUUUUUGUCACAUGUUGAGGACAUGUGCUAAGAUUUAUCGUUAACCAUGUCGGAAACUGAUUGCAGUCUGAUAGACUUGUUGGCGUUACAAUUGACCGAAGUAGACAUGUUAAUCAGCAUGUAUCCGAGCAGAGAUGAAUUUAAAUUAGACGAUCUGUCUGUAAUCGAUGAAAUCAAAUCGUUUAUCGAUGGAAAAACUGACAUUCUACCACCGAGAAUGGACUUUACUCUUCAUCUUAAUAUAGGAGAGGAAAAAUUAGAAGUUAGUUGCAGUUUACCCCAUGAUUAUCCAUCAUCCGAACCGGAAAUUUAUGCUCGUUCAAAUUGUUUGACCAGAGACAAUCAACACCAGUUAAAUGAAGACAUAAGUAAUUUUUUAAGCGAGCAACCUAAAGGUGAAUUGUGUAUAGGAUCUCUCAUUCAGUGGUUACUAGACAAUACAUGUAAAUAUAUUACUGAAAAAUCAAAAUUUUGUAAUACUCUACCAAGUAGUGAAGAUAGUGAAGAUGAUGAAUAUUUUUGUAGGUUAUGGAUAUAUAGUCACCACAUCUAUAAUAAAUGCAAACGUCGUUCCAUAUUAGAAUUAAGUCAACAACUGCAACUCACGGGUUUCUGUUUACCGGGAAAACCGGGUAUCAUAUGCGUCGAAGGUCCAACUAAAGACUGUAAUUAUUUUUGGCACAAAAUUAAGCACAUGAAUUGGAAGAAAAUUAUUUUGAAGAAGAAGGAGAUUCUGGAACUUGAUUCGAAGAAUAACUUAAGAAAAUUUGGUACUUUUGAAGAAAUAAGCUUUCAGCCGAGAAAGGGACCAGGUCGGGAGUAUCAUAUGGAUAUGGGAGAGUUUUUUCACUUCCUGGAAGAACAUCACUGUGGUUACGUUUUUCGAGAUUAUUUCGGUAUAGACGGUCGACUGUCAGGUCAUUCUUAAAUAUACAAUAAAGUUAGAAUUUGCUUCUAAAAUUUAUUUUUUCCAAAAUAUAAACUAUAAAUAUAUGAUAGAUUUUUUGCAGAAGUUUUAAGUGAAACUAUUCUAGCUUAUUUUCUUGCUAAAUAGUGAAUUGAAAUUUUAAAGCUUCCUUGUAACUAAAUAAAAAUAUUAAUAUUUUCAUUCCUUGUCAAAUAGUUUCCUUGAGUUUCUAGGAUAACUUUUAUAAUGUAAUUUUUUACUCUACUUUGGGUUUCAUUAAAAAGUUAGGAAUAUGAAAGUUAUCAUUGGAGAAAUCCAAUAUAUAAUAAGUAAUUUAUAUUCGCAGUGACUCAGAAGCCAGUUAACCUUAUUCCAUUUUGCAUGUUCCAAGUACAGUUGCAAAUGUGAAUCAUCAAUUGAGUUUAGAACAAAUUCAAAUUGAUAGUCUUUACUAUUUAUAAAAUUGUAGUAAAAUGUUUGAAUAAGACAGCAAUUUAGAUUUUACAAUGGUUAACUGACUUUUAGACCAUCCUGUAUAUUACGAUAAAAGAAACAAAGUAAUAACAAACUUUUCAUCUUACAAAGCACUAGAAUAAAAUUGAAAUCUCUCUUUAGUGAUAACUUUCAUAUUUUUUUAGUUAAUUUUCAGGCAGAUCACCGUUAUCAGACACUAAAAAUAUCAUCAUACAAAAAUAAAAUUAAAAAUCAGUUUAAAUUUUUAACAUUUUUAUGAUGCAUUCUGAGUGAAUAUGGUAUGUAGAUUUAAUUGUUUCUAUAUUAGUUUGAUCUGCAACCAGGAUACCAUUUCUUCAUGCCAGGGUGAUGUGAAUUUUUAUAAGUUCCUGCCCUAAAGUAAUUUUAUAUUGUUACUUAAUUUUAAAAUUUAGUUUCUAAUUUGUUCCUACUGCAAACUGCCAAGAUACUGUCAUUAUAUAAUCUUUAUUGUUACUUAUUUUUUUUUAACAAACAUUAGAAACUACAAUGUGUCAACUUGAGUCUCUGAGUUAAAUUCAAGUAAAUAAAGACUGUGAAACACUUGAUAUUAUAUCUUAUUAUUGAGAUAGGAAGUUGUUUAGGUUUGUAUUACUUGUUAGAGUUGAUAAUAUGUUUAAAUCUUAACACAAAAUCAAUUUAAAUACAUUGAUUUUGUGAAUAUACUAAAUCUGUAUGUAAUAUAUGGAUUAAAUUUUGUUCCAUAUUUUAUAAUCACUUGAGAGUAUAUCAUUCCAUGAUGUCUACAAAGACUUAAUAAAUUACUUCAUCAUGCAAUAAUUUUAAAUAUAUUUUCAUAUCUAAUUUUUAUUAUGUACAGAAACUUAUUAAAUUGAUUUGUACAUAUAAAAUUAACAAGAAAAAUGAAAAUUAUCGCUUUCUUUGAUAUAUGAAAAAAGCCUUCCAAUUUUUUCUGAAAUUAAUAUUUAGCAAGAAAAUAUUCC